AUGCCGAAGGUGGAUGUGACUGUAGAGCAGCUGCGAAGCAUCUAUGGACAGCUUUAUGACGCCCUGGACGAAAAAAUGAGACUGCAUCUGCCGGCAGAGGCCGCGGAGGGCAAGGACCACGUUCGGCGAGAGGUUGGGCUGCAGUUGCAGGACUUUCUCUCACAGGUCAUGGAGAUGGCCUCUAGCUCUGUGAGAGUGGUUAAUUCAGACGAUCCGAGCGGUAAGAUGAGUGUGAGUGAACUGAUCUCGAAAUCGCAGGAAAAGUACGUCGAGCCCUUCGACUUGGAGCUGAACGAAAAGGUGCGACAGGCGUACCAGGAGUGGGAGGACCAGACCGUACAGGUGGCCGUGCUGCGGAGAAACGCUCCGCAGCAGGUCAACCAAGCGUACGUGACCGCCAGGGACGCUUUUCUGUCGCGGCUGGACGCCAGAAUCGAGCAAUUGCAGGCGGAGGACCAUGCCGGCGUGGACUCAGAGCAAGAGCUCGACGCAGCUGGCAGCUUCGGCGACAGUUACUGGCAAGAGGCUGCGGAACAGUACGAGCGAUCGCUCUUGACCCUGCGCGACGCCCAGGCAAGGAUACCGCAGACAAGAUCUGAUAUUACCAAGAUGAAGAGCCUGGUGGCGUACCUCGAGGAUCAACUAGAGUGA